AAGCCAUCCCCGGAUUGCGUCCAGGUUCAAUGAACCUGGAGGCUCGCCUUCCUCCCGGCCUGUAUUUAACCAUUUCUCGUUUUCCUUCACAUGGAGAGCUCCGAUCGCUGCCGUCAGAAAAGAUAACCGCAGUUUGAAAUUGAAAUCACAGUUACAGGGAGAGAGAGAGAGAGAGAGAGAGAGAGCUUGAGAAUUCUUCAAUGGCGUCGGCGACUGCUUCUUCUACUGCAGUUUCUAGUUCCAUAUCUUCGCGCCUUGUUGCGUCUCCAGAAUCCAAAGCUCUGCGAAUUGGUACUUUUCGGCCGUUGGAUCAUGCUCAUGUACCGGCGGCGGCGGCUGUGAAAUUCUCUCGGAGACGAUGCUCGGUCAAGCCAUUGAAUGCUGAACCAAAACGCAGCGAUUCGACUGUCCCUUUUGCAGCAACCAUCGCUGCUCCUGAGGUGGUUGAGAAGCCGGUGACGGAGGAUUAUGAGCAAUUGGCUAAAGAACUCGAGCACGCUUCUCCCCUUCAAAUAAUGGACAAAGCCUUGGAGACAUAUGGAAACGACAUAGCAAUUGCAUUCAGUGGCGCAGAGGAUGUUGCUUUGAUCGAGUAUGCUCAUUUAACUGGUCGCCCAUUUCGGGUAUUCAGCUUAGACACUGGAAGGCUUAAUCCAGAGACAUAUCAGUUUUUUGACACCGUUGAGAAGCACUACGGUAUCCGCAUUGAGUAUAUGUUUCCAGAUGCUGUUGAGGUUCAGGCAUUGGUUAGGAGCAAGGGACUGUACUCUUUCUAUGAGGAUGGCCAUCAGGAGUGCUGCCGUGUGAGGAAAGUUAGACCCCUUAGGCGGGCUCUUAAGGGUCUGCGUGCUUGGGUUACUGGUCAGAGGAAGGAUCAGUCCCCGGGCACAAGGGCUGAAAUCCCGGUAGUCCAGGUGGAUCCUUCCUUCGAAGGCAUGGAUGGUGGGAUUGGGUGCCUUGUGAAGUGGAACCCAGUCGCAAAUGUGGAGGGCCAAGAUAUAUGGAGUUUCCUCAGGGCAAUGAACGUGCCUGUGAAUUCAUUGCAUUCCCAAGGAUACAUCUCAAUUGGGUGUGAGCCAUGUACAAGGCCUGUUCUACCAGGGCAACACGAGAGGGAGGGAAGGUGGUGGUGGGAGGAUGCUAAGGCCAAGGAGUGUGGCCUCCAUAAAGGAAAUAUUCAACAAGAAGGAACAGCCCAGCUCAAUGGCAACGGGAAUGGGGCUGCCCAUCCAAAUGGAGAUGCAUCUUUAGCUGAUAUUUUCAACACAGACAAUUUGGUCACCUUAAGCAGGACUGGGAUGGAGAAUUUGGCAAGGUUGGAUAACCGAAGAGAACCAUGGUUUGUUGUACUCUACGCACCUUGGUGCCGUUUCUGCCAGGCAAUGGAAGGAUCGUUCGUUGAAUUGGCGGAUAAAUUGGCUGGGAGUGGAGUGAAGGUAGGGAAGUUCAGGGCUGAUGGCGAGCAGAAAGAAUUUGCACAGAGAGAACUGCAGCUUGGUAGCCUUCCCACGAUACUUUUCUUCCCUAAACACUCAUCUCGGCCCAUAAAGUACCCAUCGGAGAAGAGAGAUGUGGAUUCAUUGAUGGCUUUUGUGAAUGCUCUGAGAUGAUAAAUAUAUAUCGAUCAAAAACUGUGCUUGACAAAUGAAAAUAAAGGUAUUCGUAACUUUGGUGAGGGAUGAAAUCUCUUUCAUUCUUGCUUGGGAGGUGGAGUCCGAAUCCCCCAUUGGCAACCUUCCAGUCCUAGCACACCUAUUGCACUGUAACAAUGCUUCUUCUUAAUUUGUUGGGUUACAGGGUACUACGUUUGCUUGCUUGCUUGUCUUCUUCACACGCCUAGUUUCUCUAUAGAAUAGAGUUUUGUGAUUGAUGUCAUGUGGCUGGAGAUGGCAACAACAGUCACUGUGCCUUUGUAAUGUGAUUUUCUGAGGAUUUAAUUUCAGUUUUGUACGGGUACAGAAUCAAAGUGAGUGGGAUGUCUGAAAUACUCGGCUCUCAAUUCUCAAA